CUCUGCAUAUCCAAUCCCACAAUGGCUACCAUGUUUUCCACCACGAACAGCAACACCCCAAACACCACCAUCCCAUCUCCCAAACCACCUCAAACUCCACCACCGUCCAGAACAACCCACCUCCCCAUUCCACCCUCCAAGCCACUCUUAACUACCUUAACCGCCACCGCCGCAGCUGCCGCCAUCCUGACUGCCACUCCACCCUCAUUAGCAGACUCCCCAACUUACCAAAUUUACUACGGCACCGCCGCCAGCGCGGCCAACUACGGCGGAUACGGUGGCAACUCCGACAAGAAGACUUCCGCCGAGUAUGUCUAUGACGUCCCAGACGGUUGGAAAGAGCGUUUAGUAUCAAAAGUCGAAAAAGGUACAAAUGGAACUGACAGUGAAUUCUACAACCCGAAGAAGAAGACGGAGAAAGAGUACCUGACAUACCUCGGUGGGUUUCGGCAGCUAGCUCCCAAGGACGUGGUGCUGAACAAUCUAGCUCUGUCAGACGUGAGCUUGCAGGACUUGAUAGCCAGUGCCGAUGAGGUGACGUCGGAGGAGAAGAAAGACGACAAGGGACAGGUUUACUAUGUGUAUGAGAUCAAUGGGGUUGCUGCACAUAGUUUGAUUUCGGUCACUUGUGCUAACAACAAGCUUUAUGCUCAUUUUGUCAAUGCGCACCCCGAGUGGAACCGCGACAAUGAUAUGUUGAAGCAUGUUCAUGAGUCUUUCAAAACUGUUGGAUCCUUUUGAUUAGCUUUGCCUAUAUUAUAUAUGAUCAUCAUCAUGUGUGUUUUUUGAUUUGGAGGGAUUAUUGAUACUUGAAUAACAAUCAAUUGGUUUCCGGUGUGUGCAUUUGAAAUAA